UUACCAAAACCACCAUAGAAGUACUGGAUUAUGACGUGGACUUGUUAUGGGUCAGGAAGAGGACAUUCCUCAACAAAUAAUAGUUUAAUAACGUUGCAAAGGUGACACAUCGUUCCGUCGAUGGAUCUAAAUGAAGAUAGUGUUAAUUUGCGAUGUGCACCCGGAUAUGCUUGUGUGUUCUCUGCGGUUUACCUGCAGCAGGAAAGUCGACGCUCGCGCAGGCGGUCAACUCUCACUCUGCACAACGAGGAUGGAGGUCCGCUGUCAUUUCUUACGACGACCUGAUUCCCGGUGACGCGUUCAAUGUGAAGGAAGUCCAGGAUGAGCAGGAUAUUCCGCGAUCGCAGACGCAGACUGAAUGGAAAGGUCACAGACAAGAGGUGCUGCGGUGUGUUGAACAGUUCCUACAGAGUCCCACAGAUCAGCUACCACCAAUCAUCUACCAGAUCAACAGGGAUGCCCGGAGUCGUCUCCUUCACGCCGCUCAGGUCUGCGGGACACCGGCGGGCUCUUCUCGGGUCUGCGGGACACCGGCGGGCUCUUCUCGGGUCUGCGGGACACCGGCGGGCUCUUCUCAGGUCUGCGGGACACCGGUGGGCUCUUCUCGGGUCUGCGGGACACCGGCGGGCUCUUCUCGGGUCUGCGGGACACCGACGGGCUCCUCUCAGGUCUGCGGGACACCGGCGGGCUCUUCUCGGGUCUGCGGGACACCGGCGGGCUCUUCUCGGGUCUGCGGGACACCGGCGGGCUCUUCUCAGGUCUGCGGGACACUGGUGGGCUCUUCUCGGGUCUGCGGGACACCGGUGGGCUCUUCUCAGGCUUACCCGUCACCUUCAGAUCGACCACCGCCGCCACUCGUCAUUCUGCUGGAUGACAACUUCUACUAUCCAAGCAUGAGAUACGAGGUGUACCAACUGGCCAGAAAACACUCUGUGGGAUUCUGUCAGGUGUACGUCCACUGUCCCGUGGAGUCGUGUGUCAGGAGAAACCAGCUGAGGCCCCAGCCGUUACCCAGUGAUGUCAUAGUAGAGAUGGCCAAGCGCAUGGAGCCUCCAAACCCUCAGAGAAACUCAUGGGAGCAGAACAGUGUCACUCUGGACAGCGAACACCACUUCACCAUAGAAUACAUCCAAAGGUUGGUGAAGGUGAUCUCCACUGCGUUGGAGAACCCACUGAGUCCAGUCCAGGACAACACUGAGCAGCAGGAGGCUGACCGUCAGAGCUGUGUGUCCAGUGUGGUCCACCAGGCUGACCAGGCCUGCAGACGCCUGGUCUCACAGGCCAUGCAGGAGGCCAGAGAACAUCAACUUCCCCCAGAGAGGAUGAGGUCUCUGGCAGCCGACUUCAAUGAAUCCAAAACCACAUUUCUCCAGGACCUGCGGAGACAGGUUCUCCGCGGCCUUCCCUUAACCGGGGGAAGGGCGUGGAGGUGGGCGGAGUCGUGA